AUGACUCAAAAAACAUAUCCUACGGCCCUCACAACAACUAUCGAGAACCCUCGAUUGAGGUUUCUCAAUAAGAUCAAGGCUGGCGAGUUUCCCUUGAUGACCUUUGUUGCAAUUCCCAGCGUGCGCCAAGCUCAGAUUGUCGCUUUAACCGGCCUGGACGGCAUCAUCCUUGACUGCGAGCACGGCCACAUUGGAGAUGACUCAAUGCACAACUCUGUGGCGGCCAUUUCAGCCCUUGGCGUGUCGCCCAUCAUCCGUAUCCGCGGACCUGCCCACGAUAUCAUCAAGCGAGCCCUCGACACCGGUGCACACGGCAUCAUGGUUCCUCAGAUCAACAACGCAGAUGAGGCGAGACAAAUUGUCGCGUCUUCCAAGUUUCCUCCCCAGGGCGUCCGAGGCCAGGGCUCUGCAUUCCCUGCCAUUGGUCACGGUCUCACAACACCUGAGUACAUGAAGUCUGCCAACGAGACCAUCAUCACCAUGAUUCAGAUUGAGACUCGUGCUGGUGUCGAGAACGUCGAUGAGAUUGCUGCCACUCCCGGCGUGGACAUGCUGUUCAUCGGGCCCAAUGAUCUUGCCCAGUCAUUACUGGGAUAUGUACCUGCGCGAGGUGAUGAGCCCGAAUUUGUUGCUGCUAUUGAUAAGAUCAUCAACGCUGGUCGCAGGCAUGGCAAGUGGGUUGGCCGUAUGGUUAACAAUGGCUCGGUCGCAAAGCAGGAGAGGUCGCGGUAUGACACUGUAGCUAUUACGGGAGAUACAAAAGCAAUUCAGAACUGGUAUAUGGCUGAGUUUGAUAUUGCUCGGUCUUGA